UCGCUUUAUAAUCCCAACUGCUCAAGUUCCGCCACUGGAAGAAAUCUGCUUCCCAAUUCUCUGCUCCUCAAACUUCCAUUUCAUUUCAUACCUCUCUCUCUCUCUCUCUCUCUCUCUCUCUCUCUCUCUCUCUCUCAUUAGCGCAAUUACCGGGAAAAUUAGAUUUAACUGUAAAUGGCUGUUAGGAGGCCUGGUGUGCUUGCCUUGUUUGAUGUUGAUGGGACUCUCACAGCUCCAAGAAAGGUUGUUACUCCAGAAAUGUUGGGGUUUAUGAGAGAACUUAGGAAGGUUGUCACAGUGGGCAUUGUGGGAGGAUCUGACCUUUCUAAGAUAACGGAGCAGCUUGGCAAAACAGUUAUUGAUGACCAUGAUUAUGUAUUUUCCGAAAAUGGUCUUGUGGCUCACAAAGAUAGGACGCUGAUUGGCACCCAGAGCUUGAAGACAUAUCUUGGAGAAGACAAACUCAAGGAAUUCAUCAACUUUACGCUUCAUUAUAUUGCUGACUUGGACAUACCGAUAAAGAGGGGUACAUUUAUCGAGUUCCGAAGUGGGAUGCUUAAUGUAUCACCAAUUGGGAGAAACUGUAGCCAAGAAGAAAGGGAUGAAUUUGAAAAAUAUGACAAGGUUCAGAAUAUACGCCCAAAAAUGGUUUCCGUCCUUCGUGAGAAGUUUGGUCACCUCAACCUGACAUUUUCCAUUGGAGGACAGAUAAGUUUUGAUGUUUUCCCGCAAGGUUGGGACAAGACAUACUGCUUGAGAUACCUAGAUGAUUUUCAAGAGAUCCAUUUCUUUGGUGACAAAACUUACAAGGGAGGAAAUGACCACGAAAUCUAUGAAUCUGAAAGAACCGUAGGUCAUACAGUUUCCAGCCCCGAAGAUACAAUCAAGCAGUGCACAGCUCUCUUCCUGAGCCCUUGAGGUGGAUCCAACCUUUUGCUUUCGAGCAAUAUAUGCCAUUUUUCGAACAAGAAAAGUUAAAUGCCAUUUGUAAUUCUGUAUUUGGGAAUAAAUGUUAAGCAGAAAUCUGUAAUAUGUAACAUUAUUAUAGACUCAAAAUAUCCUGGUCGAGAAAUUUCGUUUCUGCAUUGUAAUUUUGUGCUACGACAGUACCACGGAUUCCUAUUAUAUAUAAAUUGAUCUGGUGAAAGGCAUUCUUCA